GGACGUCCGAGCGAUGGCUAGGCCACGACUCGAAGAGGAAGACGCGGCGCGGGGUGGAAGGCUGGUCCCGGGGGAAGGGUCGACAGCCAGCGUGGACCUGGUCGUCCCCAGAGAUACGUCGGCCUGGACAGAUCUCGGAGCGGCCAGCGUGUCGCCGUUCAUCGAAACAGAAAAGUCGGCAUCAGCAGAAAUUUUCGGAAGUCCGCGCGGCUAUCGCCCCCGGCGCCGAUUCAAGAAAUCCGCGCGGAGCUCCGAAACUUAGUGUUUGAGAGGAGAGGUCGUCGUCUUCUUCUGCAGACUACAAUACGGGUGGAUUUUUUUUGUCAGUCCCACCGUUUUCUUUCAGCCUCGAAGAUGCCGUUUCCUGCCCUGGGGCCAUCAGACCUGGAUUCGGGACGAACGACCACGGCAGGGGUCGGGAAACCUGGGGCCUGCGGAUUGCAACAAGAAUAAUCCGUCGGAAGUCUGAGGAUGCGUGGAUGAGCCGGAGAAGGAUUUCGUCCUCGCAGAACGAAUCGACCUGGAAGACAGUGCUAGGUACCAUGAAGUCCUUAAAGAAGGCCGAGGGCAGGUUCGGCAUGGACAUCGGCGGCACCCUGGUGAAAUGCGCCCUGGUCUCGACGUGCGGGUCCGGGCACGAGGUGCCGGAGGACUUCGGCCCGUUCGCGCAGCGGCACCAGGGGCUCGAGUUCGACUCCACGGUGGAUGGCCAGGCCGUCAGGAUACACUUUGUCUCCAGCGAGACGGCCCACCUGGACUCGCUGCUGAGCUCCGCGAAGACGCGGCGGCACGCGAAGGACGAGCGCCUCCAGGUGGUGGCGGCUGGCGGAGGGGCCCACCGCUUCAGGGAGCUGAUGCGCCAGUCCCUCAACGUCGACAUGGUGCCGUUCCAGGAAAUGGAGUCUCUGGUGAGCGGCCUGCGGUUCCUCUGCAAGCACGGGCCCGAUGACGAGGUCUUCUGCGUGGAGGACGGCGUUCACGUGCCGAUGCUGUGGCCCUGGCCGUUAUUCCCGUGCCUGCUGGUGGUCAUGGGGUCAGGGGUGAGCGUGCUGCGCGUCGAGGCGGACAGGGGGCACGGCAGGCACGCGCGCGGCGGGUUCACCCGCGUCGGCGGCACGGCCUGCGGCGGGGCCACGUUCAUGGGCCUGUCGCAGGUGCUGACCUCGGCCACCUCCUUCGCGGAGGCACUCGCGCUCGCCGAGCGCGGAGACGCCAGCCAGGUGAACCUGCUCGUCAGCGACAUCUACGGCAAGGAGGGCUGCAGGGCCCUCGGCCUGCCUGGGGAGCUGACCGCCGCGUGCUUCGGGAAGCUGGUCUCCUCGCGCGGCUCCUGGGCCCGCAGCGAGGCGCUCCGCGCGGCCACGGCGCAGGCGUCGGAGGCCGACACCGCGGCGGCGGUGCUGGCGAUGGUGGUGCCGAGCACCUCGAGGAGGGUCGAGGGUCGAGGGCCUGCUCGAAGCUCGAGCGAGGGGGGGCCUCGAGGAGCUCCUCGAGGCCCGAGGAGCGAGGAGGAGACGCCUUGUCGCCGGAGGGGAGCAAAGCGGCACGAACACAAACGCUCGGAGGCCGGCGCGUAUUUCCCAGGUCGGCGCUGGAGCUGCCUUGGCGGCGCUUCCGGCGCGGAGGCCCCUCUGGCCGCUUAUUGACCUCUGGAGAC